UCGACUUACCUAUCCCUAGUCGCCGGUGUUGUUCCAUAAUAACCACCCAUCGACAGCCUUAAAGAAGGAAUUCAUUAGAAUUACAAAAUCCUACCAGGCUCCGUGCGAUUGAAUUAUUAAUUUGUUGAAUUUUGUUUGUGAAUAAACGGAACAAAAUGCCUUCUUUGGUCGAAAAUGAAGAUCCUCAACAAAAUAAGGAAGUCGCAGAAUGGAUGCGUUUUGGUAUGCGAUUGGGUGUGAGUGCUGCUCUACAUCCUCUGGAGUAUUCCAAGGUAUUGAUACAAUUGGGCUAUGAACCAAUUGCUGCCGUGCCAGGACGUUCCAUCUUGGGACGACCAAUAAUGGUGUUGCCCAAUAUCUUUCAAUAUGCUGGUCAUAUACGUAAAAUUGAUGGCUUUUAUGGUUGUUAUCGUGGCCUGACUCCCAAAUUGGUGGGUUCAAUUUGCAGCAUGGUCUUGAGUGAAAAAAUAGCCGAUCGCUUGGGAUUGAAACCGCUUGAGGAGCCAAAAGAUGAUGUCAAUCUAAGUGAUGAAGAAAGAUAUUUCCAAUUCAAACACAACCUGAAGAGGGACAUUGUUCUCAGUGUAUCGGGCAUUAUUGUAUCCCAUCCGUUCCAUGUUAUUUCGGUGCGCAUGAUGGCCCAGUUUAUUGGCCGCGAAACCUUGUACAAAUCGAUAUUGGGUUCUAUAGCAGAAAUUUAUAAAUCUGAAGGCAUAAUGGGCUUCUUUUCGGGUCUUGUACCCAAGCUAUUGUGCGAUGUGGCUUGUUUGGUGUUGACUAGCUCCACGGUGUUUUUGAUUAACAAAUACGCUGUUAAAGACAAAUUGGGUCGCCAGUACACCGCUGGUUUUACACAGUUUGCAUUUUCAAGCAUUUUAUAUCCCCUUAAUGUGGUAUCCACCUGUAUGGCUGUUACGGGCUCUCGUCUCAUGGCCGGCCAACCACCAAUUAUGCCACAAUAUUCUGGCUGGCUGGAUUGUUUCAACGAUUUGCAAGCCAGAAACGAGCUGAAGCGUGGUAGUUCCCUGUUCUGGAGAUCGGCUGGUGGUUUUGUCAAGCCUACAUUCCGUGACAAUCGCGGUUAUGUACCAAUGCCAACAUUAGCCAAGUACCAAUAAAUACUUUGGACCAAUUACAAACCCCCAAGAACCACCUACUAAAGAAACAAAUCAAUCACUCCUUAUUCGUCUGUCUUUUGUUCCUGACUCUAACUUUGCUUUUUAUCUUCCUUAUUUGUAGGAAAUGUUCAUAAUUAUGAUAAUGAAAAUUAUGUUGAUGAUAAGAUUGUUUGUUUUUCCGAAGAACUAGAUGAACUGUUGCAUUUUGCUUUUCAUAGAAACAUUUUUCGCAUGUUCUAUGAAGAACUUUGAUUUCGAUAAUUUAUUACCAGUCAGUCAGUCACCUUAUCUCUAUUUAUUUAUGGUGAUGACUGGGGAGGGCAUUUGAAGAGCUGCUCACGCCGCUGUCUAUUAUCUGUAUCAAUUCUUUUUCAUGAUAUAGGUGACAAUAUACCAAACUUCAAUUUUAUUAAAAAAAAAAAAAACUACAUAAUAGUUUUUCUUUGUUUUUUCUUGUAUUUCAAUGUUAUUUUUAAUACCCCAAAUCUUGUUGAUACAACUAUAAAAAUGAUCAAAAACAAUAAAAUAUAAAUUCAUUUAUUAUAUGCGUUGUCACUGAAGUGUAAUGUAUCCCUUAGGUAACUGAAUAAAAAAAAUAGAAAUACAACAUUAACGUAAA